UUUAGGUAUAAAAUAUUUGCAUCUACGUAUUUGAAAGCCCGAAUACACCGAUCUGAUGUGUCCCUGGCUGAACGCACGAAUAUUACCGUCGUGCCGGAAGUAAACAGAAAAGUUGAAAGGUCACCAAAUCAUGGAGUUCGGAAGUUCUGUUUUGGAAGAACUGUCAAUAGCAGGCGAUACUGCCCAUAUUUCUGACCAGUGUUUUAAUAUAUUGGUAGCCCAUGCUUGUCAGGGACUGUUGGCAGCGUCUAAUCGAGACGAUAUUGCAAAUGACACAUCAUUUAAAGAUACUGAUAAAGGAAGUUUAAAAUCAGCUUAUAGUGGUUUGGUUACAUUAAUAACAGAAGCAACUAAAUGGGAUGCUGAACCAUCAUCUAUUGGAGCUGUUUUAGAAGAAUGUAAAUUUACGAUAGAUAGAAUAAACAGUUUCAAUAAUAUUUAUUUGGCCAAGAAACCUUUAAUACAAAUUCUUUUAGGCAGUAUAGGGAAGAGUCCACCACAUAUUGUAGAUGUUGACUGGAGAUUAGAUUAUUAUAUAAAGAACAAUCAUGUAGAUAAAGUCAAUCAACCAGUGUAUUUAAUAACAUUAAAAACAGAGAUUCCUGGUAAUUCUGAAUUGCAAGAAAUUCAAUUUUCCUGUUCCAUGGAACAAUUACAGGAUUUAGUUGGAAAAUUAAAAGUUUCUACAAAAUGUUUGGAAAAAAUUGGACAAAUGUAACCUUUCAGAGUGCUACACAAAAUAGAUAACUGGACUACUGUGUUUUGUGAGGAUCAUUCAUUGUGAUUAUCAGAAAGACACUAAUGUGUAUUGUGUAAUGUAUAAGUGUAUGCCUCUUUUCAAUAGUGUAAUUGUUUUGUUAUAUUAAAAAUUUAUGAAUUAAACUUUGUACUUGAAUCAUGAACAAGUCUGUUUCUUGGAAUAGGACACCGAUGAGAAAUUUGACCUUCGUGAAUUGUAUAAAUUCUCUUGAUGCCAUUGACAAAUUAAAAAUUGAAAAACUUA